UCUGACUGCUACCUUUUGCUCGAUUCAAGUAUAGGCUGUCAUCUGGAGAGCUAUAUUUUCAACCUCUGAAUCAAUCCACAUCAUAUAUCUCUAUCUUAAUCCUAAUACCGCCACGUUGGGCACGCGGGAUACACUCAUGUCAAGCUGCAAGUUAUGAGGCUUCGCAUAAUUGCCCAAGCCGGUCAGAGACCCAAAGCUGGUCGACCCUGUUGUCAGUAUGGCUCGGUACGGUUCAACCAUACCGAUUCUCGACAGAGGCUCAGCUCUUUCUGGAUACCCCACGUCCGUGUGGAGGUCAAGGAGGGUGCUGUGACUGAUGCGACCACACUUCUCAUGCAAGCUGGUUAUGUACGACAGACAUACGCAGGGAUCUUUCAUAUGUUGCCUUUAGGUUUGCGCGUCCAGGAAAAGUUGGAGCGUUUGAUCGACAAGUACAUGAGAUCACUCGGUGCAUCCAAAGUCUCAUUAUCAUCUGUCUCGUCACAAGCUCUCUGGGCGAAAUCUGGGCGUCUUCAGUCUGACUCGGAGUUUUUCAAAUUCAAAGAUCGCCGGAAAAUUUCUCUGCUCCUGGCACCGACUCACGAGGAAGAGAUAACUACCCUCAUGGCACCUGCAGUCACCUCCCCCAAAAGCCUUCCUGUUCGGCUGUAUCAGAUUGGAAGAAAGUAUCGAGAUGAGCUCCGUCCUCGAGGUGGACUCCUUCGGGGUCGAGAAUUUCUGAUGAAAGACCUUUAUACCUUUGAUGCCACAGAGCAAGAUGCCCACAGAACGUAUGAUGAGAUCAGACAGGGAUACCGGAACUUUCUCGAUGAACUCACAGUCAAAUACGUUGAAGUUCGCGCAGACUCGGGAAACAUGGGAGGGAACUUGAGUCACGAGUAUCAUUUUCCAAAUCAUGCCGGCGAAGACCAAAUCUUGACCUGCUCCGAGUGCGACCUAGCCCGAAACGAAGAGUAUGUCGAUCAGACCCCAAUCCUCUCAGUCCAGAAUUUGCAAGAUGUGCCCGUGGCUGGUUCUAUCCAAGAUAAACCCAUCCCAUCCUUCCGGAAAGAUUAUGUCAGCAAAGAUGGCCUCACGCUGGUGAGGACGUUUGCACCACGAAAGCAAAGUGAGCCAGGUUCCGAAACUGCUCCCCGCCAGGAAAUCAACUCGUAUAUACUGAAAGCCAUCCUCAAUCGCAUGGUUGAAUUAGAUACUGGUGUUGAGAACCCCCUCAAGCGUUUCAAUCAAGCCCGGACUUCGACACAGCUCGAGAAGAUACCCCAGAAACCCACGGUAUAUUAUAUCUUGGAUUCCCAGGUUUCAUUUGACGACAUUUCCGAACAAGUACAGGCCGACGUGAAGGAAUUUUCAGCCGACAUGCAAUACUUUGUGGUACAAACAGCUGAAGGCAGCCCGAACCCCAUCAGGUUACGGAAGCUUCAACAAGGCGAUCCCUGUCCACAAUGCGACAGUGGAAAGAUAGACAUUCAACAUGCGAUUGAGAUCGGGCAUACGUUCCAUCUUGGCACGAGAUACAGCUCCAAAUUGGGCCUCAAUGUCUCAAUUGAAGGGCACGAAGGGCAGCAUAACCAGGUCAAGACUCCGGUGGAAAUGGGCUGUCAUGGCAUCGGUGUCUCAAGGCUGAUCGCCGCCGUCGCCUCGUGUCUGUCAGACAACUACGGCCUGAAUUGGCCCAGGGUCAUAGCGCCAUUUGAGGUUGCGAUACUGAGCCACAGGACUGAGGAGGCAAAGUUGGCGGAAGAGUUGUACGACAACCUGUCAUGCGUUCCAGGGAAUCCCGUUGAUUCUAUUAUCGAUGAUCGGCUCAACACUCUCCCGUUCAAGAUGAAGGAUGCAGACAUGAUCGGAUAUCCCAUCUUGCUGAUACUAGGCAAAGGCUUGAAGGAUAACAAAGUCGAGGUGCAAUGCCGACGCUUAAAGUUCCGGGAACAGAUCGAGACAAAUUUCGUGGUGCCAGUCGUCCAGGGGUUAUUACAACGGCUCUGAGACGUGUAUAGUAGGACCGUGCUUAUAUACCGUGCUUGUAGCACACUAAUACCCCUCUCGUGUGUAAAAUAUAAAGGAUGUGUUGUGUG